AUGCUCAGAGCUACAAGAGGAGGCGCUUUUCGGAAUCUACGGACCGUUUUACGUCGGAACUAUUCGUCGCACAAGGAACUGAAGUUUGGUGUUGAAGGGAGAGCCGCUUUGUUGAAAGGUGUUGAAACGUUGGCAGAAGCCGUUUCCGCAACGUUAGGGCCCAAGGGCAGAAACGUGCUUAUCGAACAACCGUUUGGUGCUCCUAAGAUCACCAAAGAUGGUGUCACGGUCGCGAAAGCGAUUACUUUGGAAGACAAAUUCGAAAAUAUGGGCGCCAAAUUGCUGCAGGAAGUCGCAUCCAAGACUAACGAAGCCGCCGGUGAUGGUACUACGUCUGCCACGGUUCUGGGCCGCGCCAUUUUCACGGAAUCGGUCAAGAACGUCGCCGCCGGUUGUAACCCAAUGGAUCUCAGAAGAGGUACGCAGGCCGCGGUCGAAAAAGUGAUCCAAUAUUUGAGUGAGCACAAGAAAGAGAUCACGACGUCUGCCGAGAUCGCUCAAGUGGCAACGAUCUCUGCCAAUGGAGACGCGCACGUGGGCAAGCUUUUGGCCUCGGCGAUGGAGAAAGUCGGCAAAGAAGGGGUCAUCACGAUCAAAGAAGGCCGUACUCUCGAAGAUGAGCUUGAAGUCACCGAGGGUAUGAGAUUCGACCGCGGUUUCAUCUCGCCUUACUUCAUUACGGACCCUAAAUCCGGCAAAGUCGAGUUCGAAAAACCACUCAUGCUUUUGAGCGAAAAGAAAAUUUCGUCGAUCCAGGACAUUUUGCCCGCGCUAGAGAUCUCCAACCAAACUAGAAGACCUUUGCUGAUCAUUGCAGAAGACAUCGACGGUGAGGCGCUCGCGGCGUGUAUCUUGAACAAAUUGAGAGGCCAAGUCAAAGUAUGUGCGGUCAAGGCUCCUGGUUUCGGUGACAACCGUAAAAACACGCUUGGCGAUAUUGCCAUUUUGUCCGGAGGUACCGUUUUCACAGAGGAAUUGGAUUUGAAACCUGAAAACUGUACUUUGGAACAUUUAGGAUCUUGCGACGCGAUCACCAUCACCAAAGAGGACACCGUGGUGUUGAACGGUAAUGGUACCAAGGAGAACAUCCAAGCCAGAAUCGAACAAAUUAAAAACUCGAUCGACUUGACCACGACCAACUCGUACGAAAAGGAGAAAUUGCAAGAACGUCUGGCCAAACUUUCCGGCGGAGUUGCCGUAGUGAGAGUUGGUGGUGCUUCCGAAGUCGAGGUCGGCGAAAAGAAGGAUCGUUACGACGAUGCACUCAACGCUACUCGUGCCGCCGUCGAAGAAGGCAUCUUGCCAGGUGGUGGCACUGCUUUGCUCAAGGCUUCCAGAGUACUCGACGAAGUCGUCACCGAGAACUUUGACCAGAAACUCGGAGUCGAUAUCAUCAGAAAGGCCAUCACGAGACCUGCAAGAAAGAUUAUCGAGAAUGCUGGCGAAGAAGGUUCCGUCAUUGUUGGCAAGAUCAUUGACGAUUUUGGGGAUGAUUUCACCAAGGGCUACAAUGCGGCCAAGAGCGAGUACACAGAUAUGUUGGCCGCUGGAAUCAUCGAUCCUUUCAAAGUUGUCAGAUCCGGACUUGUCGAUGCCUCCGGUGUAGCAUCUUUGCUGGCAACCACCGAAGUCGCCAUCGUCGAUGCUCCUCAGCCACCUUCUGCCGGUCCACCAGCGGGCAUGCCUGGCAUGCCCGGCAUGAUGUGA